AUGGAGCGAAGCCACUGUGUGCGUCUCCUGGAGGGCUGUAACACGCUCUCGCGGGCGCAAGAGAUCCACGAGCGCGUGCGCCGAGGCAUUGGAUCGCUCGACGUGUUUGUCUACAACAAGAUCGUGGAGAUGUACGCGCGGUGCGGCGGAUUGGAGCAAGCGAAGCAAGCGUUCGAUGAAAUCCCGCACAAGAACCCCUUUUCCUGGGUUUUGAUGCUCUGCGCGUACUCGCGGAACGAUCGCUUGGACGAUGCGAAGCGGCUGUUCGAUCGGAUCCCGGAGCCCGACAUCGUCGCGUGGACCGCGAUUCUGAGCGCCCACAUUCGGAAUGGGGCGCAGAUCGAUCGCGCGCGAGAGAUUUUCGAUCGAAUUCCGGCUCUCAACUCUGUCUCGUGCACCACGAUGCUCGUCGCAUACGCGCAGAGUGGAGAUCUCGAGGAAUCGAGGCGGAUAUUCGACUGGAUGCCCGAGAGAAACCUCGUGUCCUCGACUGCCAUGCUCGCUGCAUAUGCCCAAACUGGGCAUAUCCUGGAAUCGGAGCGAAUAUUUCAUGAUAUGCCUGCGUGGAAUCUCGUGACGCUGAAUGCGAUGCUGGCGGGAUAUUCUCAGAGCAAGGAUCUGAUAAAUGCCGAGAAAAUAUUCCACUCGAUGCCCGAGUUCCAGCUCCCCGCCUGGAACGCGAUGAUGGUGGCAUAUGCCCACUCUGGGUAUCUGGAGCGUACAAAGAUACACUUCGAUGGGAUACCCGAGCAUGAUAUUAUCUCGUACAAUACUCUCUUAAACGCUUACGCUGGAAGUGAUCAGGUAGAAUUAGCUAAACAUUUGUUUGACAGAAUGCCCCAGUGGGAUCUUGUCGCGUGGACAUCUCUCCUUACGGCAUAUGCCCAAGAAGGGAAUGUUCUAGAAGCUAGGCGUACGUUUGAGAAUAUGCCAGUCCAGAACCUUGUGACGUGGACCUCGCUGUUGCGGGCUUACACACAAGCCGGCAAUGUCAGCGAGGCAUUGAGUGUUUUUAGGGCCAUGCCACAGUGGCAACUGGCCACGUGGACGUCCAUGCUUGCGGUAAAUGCCCAGUAUGGGCAUUUGCAGGAUGCCGAGCGAUUGUUCUCCCAGAUGCCGCUCCGGCACCUGGAAUCUUGUACGUCAAUGCUAGUGGCGUACGGAGAGAGCGGUGAAGUAGAGAAGUCCAAGUCCAUGUUUGACCAAAUGCUCCAACAUGACGUCGUAUCGUGGACUGCUUUGCUGGCUGCAUUUGCCCUCUCAGGGCAUCUGUUAGAAUCCAAGCGGAUCUUCGACAAUAUGCCCGAGUGGAACCUUUUCUCGUGGAACACCCUCCUCGCUGGCUACUCACAGAAUGGUUUCUUGAGGGAGGCGUUGUUGUUAUUCUUUGCGAUGCCGGAGAGGGAUUCCAUGUCGUGGACGUCGCUCAUUGUUGCGUACUACCGCAAUGGGCUGCUCGUGAGGGCCAGGCGAGUUUUCGACAUGAUUCCCGAGCCAGGAAUCGUCUCCAGGAACGCAAUGCUCGCGGCCUACUGCCAGAACCUCGAGAGCUGCAGUGACCAGCUCUGUGAUCUCUUUGACACCACCAAGAUCACGGAAUCCCCAAACGAUAUCUGCUUCGUGCUCCAUCUCAUUGCCUGCAGUCAAGGAGGGAAGCUCUACGCUGCUAGAUCCAGCUUCAUAUCCAUCACCCUCGACUUCGGAAUCCCCCACUCGAAGCAGCACUACUGCUGCAUGCUUGACACGCUGGGCCGAGCUGGGCAUCUGGAAGACGCUCGAGAUCUCAUCCAGGGAAUGCCCUACGUUGCUGAGGCUGUGGAUUGGAUUUGCUUGCUUGGCGCUUGCAGGAGUCACAACAAUCACAAACUGGGAGCUUGGGUGGCAGAGCGUGUUCUUGGUGGUUCUAACAUAGAGAAUUUGAAACCAGUCUAUGUGCUGCUUGUGAACCUAUACUCUAGAGGAGAUUCUUCCAUGUUGGGAAAGUCACUGAGGAGGCAAAGCCUUCAACAAGCCCAAAGAUACCAGUUGGCAAGGUGA